AUGGUAGAAGAAAACAGCUCUGACAUAUCUGAGAAUGAAGUCGGUAGCCGGUUGCUUACAUGUCUUCUUGACCAGAUAACAUCAUUAAAAAGUGCUAAUGAAAAGCUCAAUAAGGAACUACUGGAAACAAGGGCCGAGUUGGAAAUGCUGCGUCACCAAAGUACAUUUAUACAGAACUCUCAGAGUGCCGGUUUGGCUGCAUCAUCAAACCCACUAAACAGUAAUGGUUACCUCAACGGCCAGUACCCACCCGGACUGCUCACCGACAUGGUGCGCGAGAUCCGUGACGCAGCCCGCUCAAGGGAAGAGGCUCUCUACGCCAGAGUGAGGGCGAUGGUCCUCGAGAGACUUGACAAUAGUUUGGCGCCCAACGAGUCAAAAAUUUCGGACAGAACACUUGAAGACAUUAAGAGCUCCCUGCGCGCCUCCCGAAGC